CUCUUGUGAAAUAAAAAUCAACCGCCUGCAAAAUCUUCUUCGCGGACUUCGCUUUUCAAAGGCUUUGCCACAGAGAUAAUCCCUCCGAUAGCUGAGUUACUUGGUGAUUUCAGUUCACGAGAGAUUUCUAUUGCCAGUCGUUUCGCGAUGUCGCAAACAAAAACUGUUAAAGUCAGUAAUCUUUCACUGGAAGCGACUGAACAAGACCUUAAGGAGUUUUUUUUCUUUUCUGGUGAUAUUGAGUAUGUUGAACUGAGGAGUCAUGAUGAACGAUCUCAAAUUGCUUAUGUCACCUUCAAGGAUGCACAAGGAGCUGAGACUGCUGCACUACUAUCGGGAGCAACAAUAGUUGAUUCGUCGGUUACAAUAACUGUGGAUCCUGAUUACCAGGUCCCACCAGCUGCUUUGACAUCACCUGUAACUGAGUGUAAGACUCCUGCUACUGGUGGUUCUGAAUCUGCUUUAAGAAAGGCAGAGGAUGUGGUCACCGGCAUGAUGGCUAGGGGCUUUGUCUUGGGGAAAGAUACCGUCACCAAAGCAAAGACAUUCGAUGAGAAGCAUCAGUUAUCAUCAACUGCCUCAGCAAAAGUUGCAUCUUUUGAUCAGAAAAUUGGGUUCAGUGAGAAAAUAACUGCUGGUGCUUCAGCCGUGAGUGAUCGAGUUCGAGAAGUGGAUCAAAAGUUUCAGGUUUCAGAGAAAACCAAAACGGCAUUUGCAGCUGCAGAACAGAAAGUCAAUGAAGCGGGUUCUGCUAUCAUGAAAAAUCGCUAUAUACUCACUGGGGCUUCAUGGGUUACAGGUGCUUUCAGUAAGGUUGUUAAGACAGCUGAAGAUGUAGGACAGAAGACAAAGGAGAAAGUGCAAAAUACAGAAGAGGAACGGAAGCAAAAGGAUCAGCAUGCCCCGGCCCCCUCCGAGUCUUAGAUGCACCAACAACAGGUGAAUAGAACCCAUACAAGUCUUCUCCUCCUGAAGGCCUGAUCCUAUAAUUUUCUUCUUGUGUAUGGAACUCCUGCCAACUUUUUCCCACUUAUGUAGCCUUUUUUCGUUUCUGCUUUAAAAUAUAGCUCGGAUUUCACUAGUUACUUGGACAAAUUUGCAGUUUAGCCCCCCCCCUCCUUUGUAAGAAAAAGAUGUGCCGAAGUAUGUAGGUGUUUGAUGAUUUUGUUUUUAUGAUUUGUGUCGCUUUCUCCAUUUAUUUUGUGGUAAUAUGUAACUUGUUACCUUGUUCCUGUGAAAGUCUUUUGGAGCUGACUC